AGUUUCCUACACACUGUUCAACCCGCAUAUUGAUCAUCAGACUCUGUUUAAAUUUUUAUUUAAUUUUAAUUACAAGACGAGCCCUGCUGUUUUGUCUGCGAAAAAUUGAAUGAAUGUCAAGACCAAACUACGUUGUAAUGUUUGUUAGUCCUUAAACACCUGUUUUUCUAUUAUAUCCAAGUACAUACAUUCACUUUCACAAGAGGAGAAUCAGAAGUCAAGUCAUAUACACCAACAAUAGAACGGAGUUCGACAAACGAAAGUUAUAACAUCCAUAUAGAUAGAUGUACAACGUCCAUAGGUAUAAUCUUCCUAUAUAUCAUCAUCAUCACAAUUUUCAUCACGUCCCGCUUUAUAUACCUUUACAAUUCAAUUUGUUUAUUUUUGAUAUAUAAAAUGUAAAGAAAAGUGUAACUAAUAACAUGGGUCGAGAUUUCUUUUUUGUGUGUGAGUAAUGAAAGCUUCUUGUCGUUUUUUUAUUCGGCAAUGCAAAGACGUGGAAGAAAUACGAAAUAAUGAAAAUCAGAUGUUAGAAAUACAUAAUGUUUUUAAAGCGACACAGCAUAAAAGAGGAAAAUUCUUUUAUGAUUUUACUCCAGGAAAAUUCAGACACUCGAAUUCCAUUUCAUCGUUUUUUUUUGUUGACGAGAUACUAUUUGAAUGGGAUUCAGCUGAUGUAUUAUUUUGGUCGCAUGGACAAACUGUACUUCACCUAAAUAUUGGUACACUUUCACUUCUCCACUGGGUUUAAAAGAAAACGAAUUUUUCCUGUACUUUUUGUCUACGCGCGCUUUUUAUUUUCUUAUGUACAACACUCGAUACGUUACGAGUUUACACAUUUCUCUAUAUCUACCAAACAACAACAACCUCCCUUGCGCACUUGCAUUUCAAAUCCCCAUGGAGCAUAUUGUACGUUUCGUAUAUAAACGUACCGACAAGCAUUUGAUAUUGUCAUUAGUUUCUCGAUACUCGUACUUGAAUUAACUGAAAAACGAUUUCAAACAAACUGCAUCCAGAUUGAUAGAGUAGAUAGAUAUGUUAGAGACGUGUCUGCAAUUUUAUCUAAAAUCAUUUUUGCUCGAACACAAAGAACGUUUAACCUAGGUGAAGUGAAGUUACGUUAACUAGUUUCGUUUAAUGGUUUGCAUGCAUAUAACAGGACAUUAAGCAUAGUCGAUCAGAGAAGAGUGAAAUUUUUGUCAGUUUCAUCAAAAAAAUAAAAUAAUUUUGACAAAUCAUUGAAACCUUCCAAACGGAUUCAACAAAUUAUGCCAAAGUGAAAAACUAAAUUCAAGAAAUUAAUAUGCCUGGCUCUUGUCAACGACUUCGUUUACCAUCACUAGCACCGUUAGUCAAACAUGAAAAGUCUGAAUUUUUAAAACGCAAAGAACAACAUCGUGUUGUUAUGAUGGGUUCAGCAAAAGUCGGCAAAUCAUCAAUAAUAUCACAAUUUUUAUAUGACAAAUAUCUAGCAAGGUAUCGCCAAACUGUAGAGGAAUUGCAUCGCGGCGAAUACGAAUUGCCCGAUGGAGAGUCACUCACCCUAGACAUAUUAGACACAUCGGGUGCAUACCAAUUUCCAGCUAUGCGAGCUUUAUCAAUUUCCACAGCUGGAGCAUUUAUCCUCGUUUAUGCCGUUGAUGAUGCCAAUUCAUGGAAAGAGGUGGAAAUGCUAAGAAAUCAGAUCAUUGAAUGCCGUGGACAUCGUGUACCCAUUGUGGUUGUGGGAAAUAAAGUGGACUUAAUGGACCGACAAAUUGAAAAGGAUUAUGUUGAAUCAAUUGUCUGUGAUGAUUGGUGUUGCGGAUAUAUGGAAUGUUCAGCCAAAGAAAAUAUCGGCAUUAUCGAAGUGUUUAAAGAGCUGCUGGUCCAGGCAAAAAUACGUUACAAUUUAAGUCCGGCUGUUCGACGAAGACGGCAAUCGCUACCAUCGUACUCAGCACAGAAUACGAAUACGAAAUUGCAUUCAACGAAAUAUUCAUUAAAACGACAUUCGUGUACCGUGGCCUAAAAAAUAUUUUUAGUUUGAAAAUCAAGUAGAAAUACUGUUUAAGGAUACAAUAAAUAUUUUGCAGUAAGAUUAUACUUAAAACUAUUAUAGUCGCAUGAAUACGAUUGGUUUAGAUAAAAAACAAAAAUUGUGUGUUCCACAAUGUUAGAGAAGUAGUUUAUACAAAAGUACUAUACAAUUUGAGAGUUAUUACGAUUCACCUUUAUUGGGUUUAAGUAAACUAACAUCAUAAUUUAUUAAAUAUUGAAAGAAAGAAA